AUGGUAUCUUCUAAAAUCAAAGAUUUAAUGAUAUUUGACAACAAGGUAUUUAUCUCAUUAUAUUACUUUAGUAUGGCUUCGAAUAGAACUUUUAAUUUAUUUCUAUUCUCUAGUAGAAUUAAUAAUGUAAAUGAAAAUAAUAAAAAAGAAUUCACCGCUAGAUUAACAGAUUUGGUUUUAAGGAGAUCUUCGAGAAAUAUCGAUAAUAAUAAAGAUGGAAAUAUUUAG